UAGUACACCCGUCUCACCAACAACGGUAAAAGCAACACAAACAGAGACAAGAAAAGCGUCUUAAAUUCAUGAUAGUGUCCGAAGGGACCUGCCAACUAUAGUCUUCAGUCAUUGUAGAAUCGUUGUCAGAGAAAUUCUGCUGGAAGAGCUUCCGUAAUGGGCAACAAGAGUUCGACAAUCGUGAACUCGAUUACUUCACCGAUAUCGAACUAUUUUUACGGGAGCAACGGGGGUGACUUGGGGGAGGGUGCAGACGGCGAAGGUGUGCUCGUUGGCAGAAAGCUCAAAGCCAACCCCUUUGUGCGCACGAGGAAAAGUUCUGAGUUCUAUGAUGAAGACGGACAUGUAGCUCACGAGUUCUAUAUUGAGAUUCCUGGAUCAAAGAGACGGAAGAUGAAAGCUGGAAUGAUGAGAAUUUAUACAAAUCUUAAACCACAGGGAGAGAUCACCCUUGAUCCACCUAGACUUCGACCCGAACUGCCAAUAAUCUUGUGCCAAGUAUGACAGAGGUCAUGACCUAGGUUUGACCCAGGUCACAGGUCAGUUUUAUUAAACAGCUUUGCCUGAAAAUAGACCCCAUGUGCUGAUUGCUCAAAAGACAGAAUGUAGACUCCUUCUCGAGGAGGUUUUUGUAUUUUGGAUAGUCUGGAUGAAAGCCAGUGUCAUUGGUAGCUUCUGUGCCAUGUGUGCAUUGCCAUGUUUCAUCAAUCUACGCUUGAGUGUGGCACCUUCCAAAUAAACACACAUGAAAUCAAAUCUUUCAUCAAGGUUUUCUUGAAAUUGCCCUUCGAAAGAUUCACAGAAUAUGGCAGGUAGUUUCAAACAAUCUCUGAAUACGCUGACUAUCCAAAAGUCAAGGGAUCCAUUUUGGAACUGCUGAGAUCUGUAUUUAUCACUAAACUAACUCCUCGUUUUAAAAGGCGUAUGGUUUUACCAUAUCCGACACUUCUAGAAGCUUUGGUGGUACCGAAUAGUUGUUUUGUCAAUUAUUAUUAAUGGCAAAGUCUAUCAUUCAAGAUGCAUCACUUGAUAUUUGAAAUAUUGGGGCUACAUAUCAUAAUAUGAAAAUAGACUUUCCUUUUAAUGAGGAUAGAAACUUUCAUUUCACUGAGUGAAAGAAAGCUGUCAGGGAUUAGUAAUAAACACUAAGUUAAAAGAUAUAAAUGAGUUACCAUCAGGACCCACCAUUGUUGCCAGCACACGCAUUUGGAUUUGUCGAAUGUAUUUUGUUUAGUGUGUGUGGCAAAAUAAAAGUAUUAUAUGGCUUUCAACUUUCAUCUGUCAACGAUCUUUCAGAGAAAAAAAAAAUGAAAAUGUUCAGGUCUUUCUGUGAUAAAGAGGGUCGAUACAGCUUUAACACAUAACUUAUUGAGACAGGUACUCAAGUUCCAUAUGAAUCAACAUACAUUGAGUGUACUCUCAGGCAAAGCUUGUUUAGGUUCAUCAAUGUCUGUAUGUAAAUAAACAAGAUUAUUUAUGGAGUCUGGAAAUCGAGAAUGAACUUUACGGAAAUCAUCGUGAAACAUUUAUGGAGAGUUAUACGGAGACGCCGGCUUGGGGAGAAAAAAAUGUCAACAGGACUGGCCGAUGAAAUGUGAAUGCCGGUGUAGGUGACGUCUCUCUUCUGCGAUGCACAAACAUUAUGCAGUCGUAUUAGGGUCAGCGAUCCCACUCAAGAUGCAGACGGGAUGAAUGUUAAGAUGCAACAAGAAAAUGGAGAGAAGAUGAAGAAGAAAAAAAUUAAGACAUUAAAAUUCUUCUGUGAUACUAUGCGGAGAUAAUCAGAAUCGUCGAGGUAAAGGAAGUGGAAAUUAUGUUUAAAGGGAAGCAAUAUGCAAGAAGUUGAAGGGGUACCUUCCACAAUGUAUUAUGGAUGGUUAGUAAACUGCUUUUGCUAAGUGAGAUUUAUCUAUGCUAAGCGGAUUUGAUGAUAAGCAGAAUGAUUGUAUGCAUUGCAUUGUCUGAGUGUAAUAAUUCAUGUGUGUAAGAUAUUUCUUAAAAUUUGAAUGCAGGUUCUGUUUAAAUUGUCUCGUAUGUUCUUCUGCUUAUCUUUAGUGUUAUACCAUAAGAACUCAUUAAUAAUUGUAAAGUUUUCUUACUGAGAUGUUUCUUGUAGUUUGUGAUAUAGACACAAUACGAACAGGAGAUGUGAACUGGGACCCUUCACAAAGUGAAUGUUGUCAUUUUGUGUUUUACACACUAAAAACUGUGGCCGUAUCCAAAUUGGUGCUACAUGUACAGGUGUACAUGUACUGCUAUGGUUACCACUGUUGCUAAGGGUGUCGGUAAGGAUGUCCAGGAUGUCCUAUACUUUAACGCAUGGUGAUGAUGAUGAUUUGGAAAUCUAGCCAAAGCCGUAGCGGUAGCCAUUGCUGCCAAUUUGGACUUGGCUUGUUAUUGACACUGGCCUCAGAGCUCAAAAUGUUUCUAGAGAUGGGAAGUACAUGUAGCUCUUUGACAUUACUUGGUCUGAGACUGAGUUGAUGCAUGUAAAGUGGUAACUUUCACAAACACUAAACAAGUGCAAAAACUAGUUAAUGGCCUGACGUUUUCAUCGCCAGCAAAGUCUUUCUCAAAGGCUAAAUGAUGGUUGUGUUGUCAUUUAGCCUUCAAGAGAGACUCUGCUAGGGUCAAAACGUCGGGCCAUUAACUAUUUUUUUAUUUAUUUACUCAAGUUGUAUGCCAGUUGUAUACAUUGAAUGUGUAGGUCAAUUUGGUUGGUAAGCAGCUUGCAACAGCUUAUUCUGUUUUCUCUGUCACAAACACAAACAUACUUUUAUACAUAGAGUUGUAGGGACUUGCUAUUGUUGUGCUAUUAUUCUCUUUUCUAAAGAAUCCACUUGUGGGGACCCAGUUCAAUGAAGAAUAAUGUUGUUGGGACCUUUGUUUCAUUGUGUAAUGGUACCCACAGCUCUUACCAGUUUUGCAAUGUGCAGGUUUUUCUCACAGAUUGCAUCACAAAAUGCCCCAAGUCCAAUUUAAUAUAAAGCUGUUCAUUGUAAGCUUUUUCGUACCUAUUGAGACAGAUGUGUAUGAGUACAAGUGGAUUUUGUGAAUAUUUAAUGGUGAGUUUUGCUUUAGCAAUGAAAAUAUGCAUUGCUGCAUCUCUUACUUCUACGGGUGGUCAGGUUAGCGUAGUGAUAAUCUCUCCUUGCCUUCCACCUCUGGGGCUCUGGUUCGCAUCCUGCCGGAGGCACUUUUUGGAUUGGGUUUUCAAUCCCUAUCAGAUUGCAUGAGUUUUCCUUGGAAUAAUUCUCUAGGGUUUUCCUCUAAGCUAUCAAACUGAAACCUCCUUCCUUGGUUUCUAUCCAUGGGGUUCUUGGCUAGUACAGUGAAUAAGUUUUUUUUGAGAGAGAGUCCUUGGCUCUCUACCCAGAAUUAAUUAAAUGAAAUGGAAUCUGCUUACAAGAACUGCCAUCGAGUAAGCAGUUUUGUUUUGAUUACGUUAAGCAGUGCUUUUUUAAUCAGAAUGAAUGGCCACCCUGUAGGCUGUUUAGCUUACAGGUUUCAGGAAAUUGGAACCCAUCGGUUGAAAAACAAUUAAGUCUUCUUAAAGUGUAUUCAAGAGUCAUAAAUUGUUUGUCCUUAAGUUUGAUGAGCGGAGGACGGUCACGCUGGAAGUUUGAAGUGACCUUGUAAGUAGCAAAAUGUCUUAAGAAUGCGAUUACACACGAAAGAAUGCACUUAAACAUUGACACUUGAUUAAUAUUUUAUCAGUCUUAAUCAAUAUAGAAGUAGUCUCCCACGUUAUGGGGUCAGUUGGAGGUCGAUAAGUCAGGAUGGAAUGUGAGUUGUACUUGGGGAGUUUGGCAAUGUCUCAGCAAUUUCAGAGUUGGAUGGUAAUGAUUUCAACAUGGACGAAGAUAAUCCAACCAUCAAUUGAUAAAUGGGUUCAAGGAUGGGUCGCUCGCUUCACUGUCUCCCAACUAUUAUCUUCAAGAUAUACAUAAAAUUAUAUCAAUUAAUAAACCACAAACUGUCUUAAAGACAUGAUAAAUGAUUGUCAUGGGAGGGAUUUUUGGUGACGAGUAUUUAGUUUCAAUUCAUGAAGUAGUGAACCACAAGGGAAACUGGCUGGAUAAAUUUAAAAUACUUUGGGGUUGAAAAAAAAAGAGAAAUACACUAGAAUGGGAUUUGAAACACUGACCUCUGGAUUUUGGUAUUACGCAUUACCAUCUGAGCUAUAUAUAGACCUCUGUUGGUGGUCUUCCUUUUUUUGUUAUUUUUUUUUUCUUUAAAUUUUUUUUCAGGGGUGCCAGUCAGAAUUCUGUCAACCCUGGUGCGAUUCCCACCUGAGACCAUUGCCUUGUAUGGAUUGGAUUAGGUUUCCAGUCCCUACCCUCCCACAUCUUAAACUUUAAUAUUUCAUCUUAUUUCCUAUUUAUCCUGUAUUGACGCUAGUUAUGUCAGAUGUGAAAGCAAAUAAAUCUAUUUGGCAAGGUAUACAAAGGGACCAAGCAUCCCUCUGAAUGAUUUAGUGUUCAUUUCAUGAAAAUUAGCUUUCAUCCUUCCACAAGAACCUUGGCGUAAACUGGACAAGACCUGUGGCCUACAUUGUUCUUCAAGCAUUACUUGUUAUAAAAACUGUCUAAAACCUUCCAAAAUUUGUUUAAUUUUCCAAAUUGAAUGUGACAGAAGUCUGUAAGAGAACAUUUGUAAAAGUAAAUCAGUAUGGGGCGAGUGGAACAGCCCCCACCCCUGUAAAAGUAUAGAAUAUUUGAAAAAUAACUAAUAAAUGGUUGACUGAGGAGUGGACAAGCUUGCGAAGACUGCUUACCAUUCGAAAGACCAGGGCCAAAUUUUAUGACGGUGUUAAGCAGAAAAUACUACUUAGCAAAUUUCUUUGCUAAGCACAAGACGAGUGGAGCACCAGUUGCAACAAUGUAAACUUCAUGGAAUUUGGACUGGAACCCAGUAUUGGUUAAGCAAGAUUUGUAUGUGCUUAGCACUUUUUGUGUGGUUUAAAGGCUUUAUGAAAAUGAGCGGAGGUAAUGUGAAUGGAAAAUAUUCAGGCCUCGUGAGUUUAAAAAUCAUGUACGAGUUAAGACAUCCAGUUGAGGCAAAUUACUAUAACAAGUUCCACCUAUGGAAAAUUGGUUGUGUACUGCUAUUUUAUUUAUAAUUCUUUGCACAAACUGGUGAUGAAAGGUCAUUGUGAUCCAAGCAUACCCUCUGAGAAAGACUCUGCUUGGGCGGAAACAUGAGGCCAUGAAACAAUUUCGCAUUUAUUCCACAGGUCAUUUUGUUUGGUUAGCAGUUUGAAAAAGCUGUCCUUUUUCCAUUUUGUACGACUCAUUUUUAUUAGUACAAGUAUAAAUGUCGCACAAGCGCAAAAUUUUAUAGAUUUUAAGACAUGUUGAGAUGUGAAUUGACAGAUAAUGUGUGGUUUGAGUUGAGUGUUUAAAGAUGUUGUUACUACAGUUUUAAUAUACAGUAUGGAUUGUGUAAAGAGUGUAAUUAAAAUAUUAAAGGCCUAUUGAGAAGAAAAUUAA